UCCAUGCCGCGGUCACGCGUUGUUUUGACAUGGAAAGGGAAACCGUCAAAGUUGUGACGUUUGGGCACAUCGUGUGAAUCUUAUGAAUGAAAUAUUUCGAGGAAGAAUGAUACAGACUGCCUGUGAUCCUACAUUCGAGAGACAUUUUAAAGGUCACAAAGAUAAAAUCACAGCUCUAUGCUUUCAUCCAAAUGCUAUACAACUUGUAUCAAGUAGUCUGGAUAAAACAUUGUUGGUAUGGAACUUGACAGAAUCAGUGCGAGCUUAUAGAUUUAUAGCUCAUAAAGAUGGUGUUUUGGAUGUGUGCUAUGCACCAUCUGGAGAAGCUAUAGCCAGUGCUUCAAAAGACAGAUCGGUCCGAAUCUGGAUUCCUAAAGUUACAGGACAAUCAAUAGAUUUUAGAGCUCACAGUUCUGCUGUCAGGUCAGUGCAGUUUAGUCCAGAUGGAAAAAAGUUACUCACUGCAUCAGAUGAUAAAAGUAUAAAGCUAUGGACAGUAUGUCAAAGAAGAUUCCUGACAUCAUUCAGUGGGCAUACUAGUUGGGUUAGGUGUGCUAAAUUUUCUCCUGAUGGGAGACUCUUAGUGUCGUGUAGUGAUGACAAAACAAUAAAAGUAUGGGACAUCACCAGUGGACAAUGUGUCAAAACCUUUAAUGAGAUAAAAGCUCCUGCCAUCUAUGUGGAAUUUCAUCCAAGCGGAGCAGCUAUUGGAUCAGCAAAUGUGGGUGCAUGUGUUAAAAUAUACGAUCUAAGAACAGGCUCUCUUUAUCAGCAUUAUGCUGCUCAUAAAGGUCCUGUAAAUAUGAUCAAAUUUCAUCCGAAAGGUAACUUCAUGUUGACAGCUUCUAGCGAUUCUACAAUGAAGGUUUUAGAUCUACUAGAAGGCCGUCCAAUCUAUACUCUCAGGGGUCAUAAUGGUAGCAUAACAUCUAUAACAUUUUCGCAAGAUGGUGAAUUUUUCACUUCUGGUGGCGCAGAUCAACAAGUUUUAAUGUGGAAAUCUAAUUUUUGUAAGGAUGAUCAACCUAGAAAGAUUUCUAAACAAUUAAUAUCUUCUAUCAAUAAACGGAAACGCGACGAUGUAGAUGGGAAAUCACAUGCAAAAAGUGACAAACAUGAGGAAGAUGUAUAUGAGGAGCAGAAGGAUGAGCACUUAUUAGACACAUUAGGAGAGUUGGAUUUGGAAUCGAAUAGAAAUUAUUAUAAAGGACCUAUAAAUGAAAUAUCUUUGAAGAAAGUCGAACCUGAAGUGAUUAAUAUGAAGAAUAUUAAAUCUCGCGAAAGAGAUCAUAUAGCAAACGUGCCAAUUCUACAAGAUCAGAUGUUAUUUCAUGCACGUUCAUCUAAUCAAUCUGUUAAAGCAGUAGAAGCACUCCACAAUCAAGUGCAAUCAUUACAUGACGUUAUUAAUGUAUUGGAACAACGCUUGACAGUAUUAGAAGAAACGUUUAGAAAGAAAACUUGAAUCUUCAAUUACUAGGUUAUAAUUAUUAAUUAUUUGUUAUUUGUAUAUACAUUUGUAUGAAUAUAUAUUUGUACAAUAUUGAAAAAUGAUUAAUUUUCCUAGCAGCAAUCAAAAUAAUUUUACAAUGUAUUUUACAAAGAUCAUUCAAGAAUUCAUUGACGACUAUUUUAAUGUUUUAUAUUACGAAGAAAUGCAGUGUGUUAUAUAUACAUUUAUCGUGUCAAGAGAAAUUCAAGAAAUAUAACUUGUGAUACGCAAGUUA